UCCAUAAACCUCACUGCAUUUCGCUGCUGCAGCUGUCGUUGCGCACACAGUGAGCGGAGAGGUGAGGUGCGCUCCUUCUGGUGGGGUGACUAUGUCGAGACUGGAAACGGCUUUUUCACACUGAUCAGCGAUCACCGAGCUUCUCUUCGGCAAAAAAAGAAAAAACGUAAUGUUGUCACUCUGUCGCUCAACAAGGUCGGUUUCCACAGAGCAGUGAAGACACCGCUCAUCUACCAUGAGCUGUUUGGAUGUUAUGUACCCAACCUAUGGACAUUACGCACCGUACGCACCGACUGUUCCUGCUUUUAUCAACAGCUUACAGGCUCCCACAGGUCUGAGCAGCACUUCUCCUCUCUGCCGGGAUUUUAUGGACACUCCCAGGGGCCCCGAGGGGAUGUCUGGGGGCCCAGCAGGCACUGGAGGAUCAGCUUCCUCUUCAUCUUCAUCCAGCUCUACUUCUUCCUCCUACACGCCCGCGGCUCUAAGGCCAGAGGAGGGCCCCAAGGAGAAGCAGGAGGCCCCCGAGGCAGAGUACCUGACUUCUCGCUGUGUCCUGUUCAGCUACUACCAGGGAGACAUCAGCAGCGUGGUGGACGAGCACUUCUCCCGGGCCCUCAGCUCCUACAUGGACGGGGAGGGCAAGCGGCGGGCGCCAGACCAACGGGGCACAGAUGCUCCUUCACCCAGCAGUCGACGAAGCUUCCCCCCGUCCUUCUGGGACAGUAACUACUCCUCGCCUCAGAGCCGCUCCCACUGCGAGACGCCUUCCUAUUCCAUGGAGUCAUACGCAUCAGCGUUGCACCCAGGCCUGCCUCACCCACACGCUCAUCCGCACCCGCACGCUCACCCUCACCCUCACCCAGCAGAGAGCUGGGGGUAUCCCCAGGCCCAAGCCUACGGCCACCCACGGCCUCUCCACGAACUGUAUUCACCGUCAGCUCUGGAGCCCCACUACGGGCCCCUGCUCAUGCCCACAGUGAGGGCACCACACCCCCUCUCCUUGCCAAGCCACUAUGAGGUGAGCAAGCUGGAGCCCAGUGCCUCCUGGCCCGGCCUGCUGCCACCGGGAGACGUCAGCCAGACGCUGGCGCUCAACAUGGAUGCAGGUCUCCAGCAGCAUAAGAAAGGCAAGGAGCUGUACUGGUUCUAACGAGCCCUUCAGUCACAUUGACCAGCCAUUACCAGAUCCAAUUAGUCCCUGGACCUGCUCCGCUAUUGAAGCAGCGUGUCCCUUUAUCCCCCCCCUCCGCCAACACACACACUCCAUCCCCAUCUAUCCACCCCCUUCUCUCUGCUCCUGGCCUCCCCUGCCAGUAUACAGCCUUGCUCCAGGUCGACGUGUGUGCACCAUGGAGAUAAAGCAGGGAGAGGGAGAGAGAGAGAGACUGUCUAUAAUCUGUGCUGUUGCUCUCUCUCUUCCUCUCUCUCUCUCUCCUGACGCUGCCGGUGCAGCACAGACCUUGGCGAGGUGUGAGCCACAGUGACCUGUUUGGACUGAGGAAGACAGGAUCACAACAGACUUUAGCGGAGGACAGGAGAGAUAGAGGGAUGAAUGCAGGGACAGGGGGAUGAAUAGCGGCGAACAGGGAUUCCCUCCAACGUCCCUGGUUAUCUCUGUCUCAUGCUCUUUGUUGGUACAGUGGUCGUCAUCAUCCACUUAUCUGCAUCACGCAGCGAUAAACAGGAGCAGCAAUUAUGGCGGUUUAUGCUUUGUGACUGUCAUCAUGACGCCUUAUUUUUGGUUGUUAUUAUAUGAUUUUGGUCUCUGAAAUAAAGUGUUUCUAUUUAUUGGUGUUUAUGUGCAUUUCUAAAAUGUUUGGUUAGGCCAGUGUUCUGAAAUGAUUGUGAUUUUAUUAUAAAGAGAGAGGUGUUGGAGAUGACCAUACCAUGUGUUUUUUUUGGUGGACUUUCUCAUCCAUCUACAAAGGAAUCAUUUUGUGGAGAAUAAAGGUUAUUUUUUUUCACAAAAUGUGUUCAGUUCAACAAGUAUUUGUUUUGCUCUUAUCCGACUCAAAACUUGUGUUCUUUCAAUUUGAUUUCCAUUUUAGUUCUUUUAUUUCUCUGUUGUCAUUCUUGGAUCUUUUGAAUUUGGUCUUUCUAAAUAUUUCUGGGUUGUUCUUGUGUCCAAGAAGAUUGUGAUGUCAAUAAAUAUUUUUAUGGUAA